UGUAACUGAAAUCCUAAACGAGACAGCAUAUAAGGGAUAACAUGGCUAGGGUUCAUAGUCUAAAGUAUAUUCUAUCUUUUACUUGUUCAAUUGCACUUAAUCUCUUUUUAGUUAGCAUGUUCAUACGCAACAGAUGCCAGCAAAAUUGGACGCAAGAAGCUAUGGCAGAAGCUGAAGCUGUAUCGUCGAUCUCGUGCUCCGGCCAUGGAAAGGCUUUUUUGGAUGGUUUACUUCUUCAUGGCAAGCCUGUUUGCGAAUGCAACAUGUGCUAUGGAGGAAGUGACUGCUCACAGCUCCAACCCGAUUGCAUGGUUGAUGCAGAUAGUGGAGAUCCCACUUUUUUGGAGCCCUUUUGGGUGAAGAAUGCAGCUAGCAGUGCAAUAGUGAUUGCAGGGUGGCAUCGCAUGAGCUAUGAAUACAGUGAUGGCUCUCUCAUCUCCGAAGAGUUGAAGGCACACAUUCGAAAUGUCCAUGCUAGUGUUGGAAAUGCUAUAACAGAUGGGAAAUACAUAAUAUUUGGAGCAGGUGCCACUCAUCUUCUUAAUGCUGCAGUGCAUGCCCUUUCUUCAAAGGCUUCAUCUUCACCCACAAAAGUGGUGGCUUCAACCCCAUAUUACCCGGUUUAUAAAGAGCAAACUGAAUUUUUCAAUUCUGAGGAUUAUAAAUUCAAUGGGGACACGUCAAUGUGGAAUAAUGAUACUUCAAACUCGACCUUUAUUGAGUUGGUGACUUCUCCAAACAAUCCGGACGGGCAUAUGAAGAAGGCUGUCCUUCAAGGUCAAUUUGUGAAGAGAAUUCAUGACCUUGCCUACUACUGGCCACAUUUCACACCUAUCGUAGCACCUGCAGAUGAAGAUUUAAUGAUAUUUACUCUCUCUAAGCUUACUGGUCAUGCUGGAAGUCGAUUUGGGUGGGCAAUAAUAAAUGAUGAAGCUGUGUACAAAAGAAUGCUAACAUACAUGGACUUGAGUACCUACGGUGUUUCUAGAGAGACUCAACUGAGAGUGAUGAAGCUUUUAAAGGUAGUUCUCAGUGGAAAUGGCAGGGAAAUGUAUGAAUUCGGACACAACACAAUGAAGAACCGAUGGAGUAAAUUGAGCAAAGUCUUGUCUCAAUCAAAAAGAUUUUCUACUCAAAAAUUGAAACCUCAACAUUGUUCAUUUUCCCAGCAAAUUAGAACACCUUCUUCAGCUUUUGCGUGGUUGAAGUGUGAAACAUCAAUAUUAGAAGAUCGUUCUUGUUAUGAAGUCCUCAAAGAAGUUAACAUUACUGGCCGGGAAGGUAGUUUAUUUGGUGCUGAUAACCGCUAUGUGCGUCUUAGCUUAGUUAGGAGCGAAGAUGACUUUGAUUUAUUGCUAAGGCAGAUCAACAAGCUAGUUUCUGUGGAAAUUAAUGAUAAACAUGUGGCUACAACUUCAACUAUUUUAAGGCAAAGCAAUGAGACUACACUGUUGUUAACAGCUGGUGUGAAUGUUGUGAACAGAACAUUGGAUUUGAGAAUGGAAUUAGAGACUUUGAACUCCAAUAUAUUUCCUAGACAAAAUGGAUUGUACACAACUAUUGAUCUUUCUUUUAAUUAGAAAAAUUAUUAAAUUAAUUUGUAGAGUUGUACGAUAGAGAGCCAUCACCUUAUCAAUGGAAAAUGAUGUUUGCUACUUACCUA